UGUUGGCAGUUGUAUGUGUCGCAUCUUCCAGGCGGUGUGGUCCGGAAGACAAUAAAAAGUAGCAGUAGAUGAACUCAUCCAGCCAAAAAAAGAAGAAGAACCUUCACCGGCUUAUCUCCAAGCCUAGUCAUAUCAGUGGAGAAUUUGGAGUACUCUCGAAGCCAUUCAGCAGGACACGGCAGAUCAUCCUUCAGUCUGAGUUUGCUGCUAUGAAGUGAAGCACUCGUCCAAGAACAUGAAAUUUGCUCGUUUGAUGUUUUAAAGCAAAGUGAUUCAUAACUGCUGACACGACAUGAUCAACGGUGGAAGGUUUUAAAUUGUGCAAAGUGCAGUGAAUUCGUAAAGUCAACCAAAACAAUGGUUAAAUCAAUCACGGAGAACCCGUACGGGGCGUUCUCCACCGAGGACUAUUCGGUGUUUGUGGUGAUGCUGAGUAUCUCGGCUGGGAUUGGAAUAUACUUUGGGUUCUUCCAGGGGAAGAAAAAUCAAACCACCGAGGACUAUCUGCUUGGGGGCAGGAAGAUGAAGAUCUUCCCGAUCGCAGUGUCGCUGAUCGCCAGUCAGCUGUCCGGCGUGUCCAUAAUGUCCGUGCCGGCCGAAAUGUACUCGUACGGUGCCCAGUACUGGAUAAUCGCGCCCACAAUGUUCGCCAUCGUUUUAAUCAUCAAUUACAUUUUCGUACCAGUAUUUUACAACAACCAGAUUACGAACUGCUAUCAGUACCUGGAGGACCGCUUCAGCCCGGCGGUGAAGAAGUUCGUCACGUUUACGUACGUGCUCAACAUCUACCUGAUCCUGCCGAUCUUCAUCUUUAUCCCUUCGCUGGCCUUUGCCCAGGUAACGGGGACGAACGUGCACGUGAUCAACGGGAUCGUGUGCUGCGUGUGCGUGUUCUACACGAUGCUCGGCGGAAUCAAGGCGGUCGUGUGGACCGACGUCGUGCAGGGGCUGAUUAUGUUCGCGUCCUGUUUCCUGGUGGUGGCCGUCGGGGUCUACAAGAUCGGUGGUUUCGCGGAAGUCUUUGCCCGUGCCGCCGCCGGAAAUCGGUUGGAGAUUUUUGACAUGACCUUCGAUGCCAGCACUAGACAGACAUUCUGGACCGCCAGCAUUGGCAACGUGUUUUUGUGGACCGGCUACUUGGGACUUAAUCAAAGCUGCGUGCAACGCAUGGUGGCCGUGCCCAGCGUACGUCAUGCCCGUUCGGCACUUUGGAUUUUCUGCGUCGGAUUCAUCGUAAUCACCAGUUUGAACUGCUUCACGGGGAUCGUCAUCUACGCCAAGUACUUUGAUUGUGACCCCAUCAAAGUGGGAUUAGUAGGGAAAGCCGACAAGCUGCUACCGUUUUUCGUGCAAGAUGUGGUCGGCAACUUGAAGGGCAUGCCCGGUGUGUUCAUCUCGUGUGUGUUCAGCGCAGGAUUGAGCACAAUGUCAGCAAACCUGAACUCACUGGCCGGCAUCAUCUACGAGGACUACAUCCGGCCGUUCAAUCUGUUCAAGCACUCAGACGCAACGGCUAACAAUACCAUGAAGGGCCUAAUUCUAGUUUCCGGUAUGUACUGCAUCGUGAUGGGCCUCGUAGUGGAACAGUUUGGACACAUCCUCCAAAUGGUCGUUACGAUCGCGAGCGUUACGCAGGGAGCCGUAAUGGGCAUCUUCUGUCUCGGAAUGCUGUGGCCAUGGGCAAACAAGCACGGAGCCCUAUGGGGUUCGGCCGUCAGUGUCAUUGGAAUGUCCUGGAUCAUCGCCGGCGCCCAAUUUGCCAUCAAAAGCGGACAGCUGAGCUACCCACCGAAACCCACCAGUGUGGAAGGAUGCUCCGAGUACGGAUUCAACGUGACGCAGCCCCAGCACUCGUCGUUCUUCACCCCGGAGGAAGAAUCCGACGGAUUCUCCAUUUACAACAUCUCGUUCGUUUGGUACUCGACGGUGGGUACUUUCCUCGUAUUCCUCGUUGGAAUACCCGUGAGCUACUUGACGGGGUCGCAAGACUUGAACAAAGUGCAAGCAAAGUUGUUCUCACCGGUGGUUCACUGGCUGCUGCCGGAGACCGUCAGAAGAGGCGAGCUGAGUGUUAAGCCGGAAGAAGACAAACCUGACCAAAUAAAGGAAUGGAUUUACACGCCAGUUGAGGAUUACAAACUGCAAGACCUACACACCGUCAACGAGCAUACUUUGUGAUUGGUUCAAAUUGGCUCGUGAAUCGUCCAACUAUAGUUUGUAAGCAUCUAGUAUUAAGUUAUCGUGUUAUUUUCCAAAUAAAAUAUAAAUUCAAAAUAUA